UAUUGUUAUUUAAAAUUUGCUCCAUUGGUUUCCCUGACUUCCAUAAAGCAUUUGAAUUCUAAUUUGUGUGAAAAUAGUGAAGAGACAUUUUUAAACAAUGGACGUAAAACCGCGUGUAACUUCGAAAGCUUCCAAAGCUUUACCAUUGUCUGAGAAAAUGAAGCAAUUGGAAUCUCAAAAUAAACCAAAAUAUUCGGAUAAGGAAAUCCAAUGCAUUGCCGAUUUAAAGACGCUCUAUUUGGAUACCAUAAAACUAGACGUUGAACUUCAAGAGAGCAUUCAUAAAAUGGAAAAAGCCUUUGAAAGCAAGCAUGAUGAGAUAUUUGACAAGAGGUUAAAGUUAUUGGAACAUUUUAAGAAACAAAAUCAGGGAGGUGAUGCUACAAAGGAGGAUGGCAUGGCCAACUUUUGGUUGAAAGUUCUUAAAGCUUCAUACACAGAAUUCAUCAGCAAGAAGGAUGAAAAAAUAUUGGUGUACUUAAAAGACAUACGGGCUAGGCUUUAUAAUGAACCCACUGCUAAGUUCGUUAUAGAGUUCCAUUUCGAACCCAACGUAUUUUUUACUGAUUCCAUUUUAACUAAGACCUACUAUCUCAACUGUUUGCCUGAUGCCACUGAUCCUUUCUCUUAUGAUGGUGCUGAGAUUGUUAAGUGUGAAGGAUGUAAAAUCAAUUGGAAUCAGCUAGAGAAAGAAAAAAAUAAGAAAGCUUUACCAUCAUUUUUCGACUUCUUUGAUCCUCCUAAUUUGCCAGACAAUAACGAUGAUCCCAUUUAUGCCGAUAUCAAUGCGAUUUUACAAAACGACUUCGAGUUGGGGUUCUAUUUGAAAGAGCGCGUCAUACCAAAAGCCAUUCUAUUUUUUACUGGAGAAAUAUCCGAUUGUGUAAGCUCUGAUUCCGAAACAGACGACGAUGAUGAUGAAGAGGAUCAAACAAAGGAUGAUGAAAUCCAUGGAGCCGUCGGAGGCAAUUGACUUAUUUUUGAUAACUUUUUUGUUUAAUUUUCUACUUUGAUUUAAUUUUUGAGACAAUUGUGGAAAUUUAGCUUUAAAAAACUAACUGUACUAAUAAUAACUAGCCCAUCCAGGCGCAUUCCCCUGUA